GACAGAGCUUCAAGACCCGUCUUUCAGUUCCCUGCGAUUUUGAGAACGCCGGAUUCGAAGACCGGCGAAAGACGGAGUGAAGAAGACCGGCUAAAGACGGCGAAUAACAACUCACAAUCUUGAAUUGUGCAAUUCCAGAUUUCCAGUUGACUUGCACACUUUUCUUUGGUGCUCUGAUGCUGGUGGCAGCAUGCAGAUAGUAGUUUGGAGAGAUGCAAAGGUAUCGUGCUAACAGCUGCGCUGGUGCGGUAAAUAGUAAUAGCACGUUUGGUGGAGCAGCUGGAAGGGAUAUCUCCAGAGCUGAAGCUAAUACAUUAGCACCUAACUUCUCCAGGCGAGCAUUGCAACUGACAGCAUUCAAAUUGAAGUGCAAUAAAGAACCACUAAAUUCCAGACUUGGACCACCUGACUUUCUUCCACUGACACCUAAUUGCCCUGAAGAAACACUCAACCGAGAAUAUGUGCAAUUUGGUUAUCGGGAGGCAGUUGAAGGGAUUGAGGAAAUACGCGAAAGCUCACUAUCACAGGCUCAGGUUUUUUCGAAGCCUGUCAUACUUAAAUGCAAAGAGGCAAUCAGAAAGUGCCAUAGGACCAUCAAUGAAUCUCGGGCCAAAAAACGGAAGGCGGGCCAAGUGUACGGAGUGCCUCUUGAGGGUUCACAGUUGACCAAGGUUGGUAUCUUCCCUGACCAAAGGUCAUGUGGAGAAGAUUUCAGAAAGAGGUGGAUUGAGGGGUUAGCCUCACAACACAAAAGACUGCGGUCUUUGGCAGAUCAGGUACCUCAUGGUUACCGGAAAAGAUGGCUUUUUGAAGUUCUUAUCAGGAAUAAUGUUCCAUUGCUACGGGCAACAUGGUUUAUAAAAGUGACAUAUCUUAAUCAGGUUCGUCCAGUAUUCUCCAGUUUAUCAUCUGGUGUGCCUGACAAAACAAACUUUUCCCGUUCAGAGCAAUGGACAAAAGAUGUCAUUGAUUAUAUGCAGUGUCUCUUGGAUGAAUUUGUUUCAAGAAAUACUGGCCAUUCUGCUGCAAAUAUCAGAGAUCGGUCACCACAAAUGGUUUAUCCAGGAUCAAUCCAGCUAAAAAAUGAGCCAGUUGCUUCAAGUUCUGAUCUUGGGGAGCCCUCACUACAUUUUAAGUGGUGGUAUGUUGUGCGUAUUCUACAAUGGCACCAUGCUGAAGGAUUGCUUUUUCCUUCUCAUGUUAUUGACUGGGUUCUCACCCAACUACAGGAGAAAGAGUUGCUUGGGCUUUUGCAGUUGUUACUACCUGUUAUAUAUGGGUUUAUUGAAACUGUUGUCUUAUCCCAAACCUAUGUACGUGCAAUGGUGCAAAUUGCUAUUCAUUUCAUCCAAGAACCUUCCCCUGGUGGAUCCGAUCUGGUUGACAAUUCACGCCGGGCAUAUACUAUGUCCGCACUUAUUGAGUUGCUUCGGUAUUUGUUACUUGCUGUGCCUGACACAUUUGUUGGUCUAGACUGUUUUCCUUUGCCCCCUUGUGUGGCAAAUACAUUUACUGAUGGAGGUUUCUUCUCUAAGGUGUGUGAGGAUGUCAAAAGGGUGAAAGUGGGUCCUCUUGAAGUUGCUGGAGUACUUAGAGACAGGGUUCCUGAGACUCGUUCUGAGUCUGUAUCCAUUGACCUUGUAGUAUCUUCAAUUAAGAAACGUGCAGAUAGUCUUGCAGAAGCGGCAAGGCCUGACCAUACAGGUCAAAAUGUUGCCAAAGCUUUACACGCAUUGGACAAAUCCCUCGUAAAUGGGGAUUUGCGAAUACCGUAUAAGUUCCUCUUUGAAAAUCAUUGUGAUGGCAUUGUGGAUGAAAGCUGGAUAGCAGAAACCAGUUCUUGUUUGUUUUCCUCCCUUAAACAUAUCGGGGAAGUGAAUCUCUCAUUUAUCUGUUCUGUUUUUUUCAUUUUUGAAUGGGCAACAUGUGAUUUCAGAGACUUCCGCUCUAGCCCGUCGCACGAAUUAAAAUUCACUGGUAGAAAGGAUUUCUCUCAAAUUUACAUUGCAGUACGACUUCUCAAGCUAAAGAUGAGAGAAGUGCAAAUUUCAAGCCAGUUCAAGAAUGAAAGCAAUGUAAAAAUAGAGAAUGUUGGAAAGGAUCCAGGCCAGCAGAAUAACAUUCAUAGAAGUGUUGGUAAUGGUGUCGGUGAAUCUUUUCACAGCACAAAGAGCAGGGCUGUUAAAAGCAAGGAUUUUCUACGUUUGUUUGAUAGUCCAAGCCCUUUGCAUGAUGUUAUUGUUUGUUGGAUAGAUCAACAUGAAGUUCAUAAUGGAGAAGGCUUGAAGCGCCUUCAAUUACUUAUUGCAGAACUUAUCAGGGCUGGACUCUUUUAUCCCCAAGCUUAUGUUAGGCAGCUGAUUAUUAGUGGUGUCAUGGAUGAGAAUGUACCUCAUGUUGAUCCAAUUAACAGAAAAAGACAUUGUAGAAUCUUGAAACAGCUGCCUGGUCCUCAAGUCUAUGAUGCUCUUGUAGAGGCCCAAAUUGCUGAACCACAGAUACUUUCAGAGCUGAUGAAUGUAUACUCAACUGAAAGGCGUUUGGUGCUUCAUGGGGUGCUUGACCGCUAUAAAAGCCCCAGUGGAGCUAGUAGUUCACACAUGAAAUGUAAACAUCUUGACUCAGGAGGUGAAAUUGCUUCUCCACCAUUUGUAGAGUGCAGAUCUGUUCCGUUAACACAAAAUGCUUUACCCAAAAAUAUGCACACAGUUGAAGUUGAAGACCUAAAAUUUUCAGUUUGCAUGGUGUUGCAAUUUCCUUGUUCGAUAUUAACUGAAGCAGGCCUUCUUCAGGCUCAAAAAAAAGUUAAGAAGCAUUGUGUGGCUUCCCCCAACACUAUGGAUAUAAUUGAAGCAACACCAGGAUGUGAAGAGUGUAGAAAAGCAAAGAGACAAAAGCUGAGUGAGGAUAAGAGCUCAAUUAAAAUUUACCCGCAGAAUCAAUCAGAUGAUGAAGAGAGUUGGUGGGUAGGGAGGUGCCAAAAGCCCGUGGAAUCUUUUAAAGUAGAUCCACCACCUCCUAAGCCAACCAAACAAUCCACACGGGGUCGGCAAAAGGUUGUCCGAAAAACUCAAAGUCUUGCACAGCUUGCUGCUGCCAGGAUUGAAGGUAGUCAGGGAGCAUCAACAAGUCAUGUUUGUGAUAGUAGAGUGAGCUGUCCACAUCAUAGGUCUGGCUCUGAAGGUGAUCACCCAAGGGCAGUGGAUGGAACUAAAACUCAACGAUUUUCUGACAUUGUUUCCAUUGGAAAGCUACUAAAGAAGGAGAAAGCUGUGAAAAAAAGAACAAUGACCUUGUGGUUAAUAGGGGUUGUAAAGAAGCUUGUUGAAGAAACUGAGAAGAAUCUGGCCAAGGUUGGCCAAUAUGGGAGAUCAUUUGCUACUGGCGAUGAACAAGGUUCUAUUCAAUGGAAACUUGGUGAAGAGGAGCUUUCUAUGAUCUUAUAUCUGAUGGAUGCUUGUAAUGAAUUGGUUUUAGCACUCAGGUUCCUUUUGUGGUUGUUACCUAAGGUACAUGGAUGUGCCACUGUAACAAUCCAUGGCAGUAGGAAUGUUCUUGUGAUCCCGAGGAUGGCAGAGAACAAUGUGUGUGAAGUUGGUGAAUCAUAUGUCUUGUCAUCUGUGCAGAGGUAUGAAAAUGUACUUGUUGCUGCAGAUCUUAUUCAAGACGUACUGUCUGCAGCAAUGCAUCGUUGUGCUGCCAUCAUGUCAUCAAACGGAAGAGUUUCAACUUCACUAUCCUUAGGUUAUGCUCGGUACCUUUUAAAGAAAUAUGGCAGUGUGCCCAGUGUUGUUGAAUGGCAAAAGAACUUCAAAUCAACACAUGAUAAGAGAUUGACUUCUGAGCUUGAAUCUGGAAGACUUUUAGAUGGUGAUUUUGGAUUUCCUCUUGGGGUGCCAACUGGAGUGGAAGACUUGGAUGAUUUCUUUCGCCAAAAGAUAAGCAGUGUUCGUGUAUCAAGGGUAGCAUUGACCAUGAGGGACAUAGUUCAAAGAAGAGUUGAUGAGGCUUUUCAGUUUUUUUAUGGGAAAGAUAGAAAACAUUUGGGUCCCAACUCCAUUAGAAGCCCUGGAUUUGAAAAUUGGGAUGAUGGGUAUCAGAUAGGCCAACAAGUGGUAAUGGGAUUAUUGGAUUGCAUGAGGCAGACUGGUGGUGCAGCCCAGGAAGGUGAUCCUACCUUGGUUUCGUCUGCUAUAUCUGCAAUUGUUUGUAAUGCUGGCCAGGUAAUUGCCAAAAUUCCUGAUAUAGCUUCUAAUAACAAUCACUUUAACUCCUCAGUCACUUCAGACCCACUGCAAGUUGCUCGGUGUAUAUUGCGUGUACAUAUAACCUGCCUUUGCCUACUUAAGGAAGCACUAGGAGAGCGUCAAAGUCGUGUCUUUGAAGUUGCUCUUGCAGUAGAAGCUUCUUCUGCUCUGGCACAAAAUUCUUCUCCUGUAAGAGCUCCUCGCUCCCAGUAUCAUCAGUCUUCUGAAUCCCAUGAUCUCACUGUUAGAUUUGCAGCUGCUGUUUCUGCUCUUGUUGUUGGAGCAAUAAUACAGGGAAUUGUGAGCCUUGAGAGGAUGAUUUCCCUUUUGAAGUUAAAAGAAGGUCUUGAUGUUAUUCAUUUCAUAAGGAGUAUUAGAUCUAAUUCAAAUGGCAAUUCACGCUCAGUAGGGGCUUUCAAGGGUGAUAAUAGUUUAGUUGAAGUUUCAGCCCACUGGUUUAGGGUACUAGUUGGAAAUUGUCGGACAAUUACUGAUGGACUGAUUGGUGGCUUACUGGGAGAUGCUUCUAUAGUAGCUCUGUCCAGAAUGCAACGAACACUGCCUUUGAACUUAGUUUUUCCUCCUGCCUAUUCAAUGUUUGCAUUUGUACUAUGGAGAUCAAUCAUUCUCAGUCCUACCAUUGGAUCUCGUGAUGAUAUGCAGCAACUAUAUCAGUCCUUACUGCUGGCUCUUGGUGAUGCCCUAAAACACCUCCCCUUUCAUGAGGUAUGCCUGAGAGACACACAUGGCUUGUAUGAUCUUAUGGCUGAAGAUACGCUUGAUACAGACUUUGCGUCCUUGCUAGAUUCAAAUGGUUCAGAUAUGCGUCUGAGGGCUUCUGCCUUUGUUCCUCUACGCGCAAGGUUGUUUCUAAAUGCCCUUAUAGAUUGUCGAAUGCCACAAUCAUUAAGUAAACAGGAAGAUGUUAAUCGGAUUUCAUCAAUACUAGGUGAUUUGAAAGCGGAAAAUGGGGUAAAGCUUGUACACAUUUUGGAUACCUUGCAGCCUGCAAGGUUUCAUUGGCAAUGGCUGGAGAUUAGACUUCUUUUGAACGAACAAGCUGUCAUUGAAAAGUUGGAUAGGCAUGAUACUUCACUGGGGGAGGCAUUGAGGUUUCUGUCACCAAAUCCUGAUAAAGUUGCUGCUUCUGAUAAUGAGGGAAACUUGAUUGAGAUAAUUCUCACUAGGUUACUUAUCAGACCAGAUGCAUCUGCUCUCUUUUCAGAGGUGGUACAUAUUUUGGGGAGGUCGCUUCAGGAUGCAAUGCUAAAGCAAGCUAAAUGGUUACUAGAAGGAAAUGAUGUUCUUUCUGGAAGAAAAUCUGUCCACCAGAAGCUGUUCAGUAUUGCGGUGACUAAAGGUUUGUCAACAAAGCCUCAAUAUAGUAGGUCAUGGGGAUGGUGUGCUAGUAACGAUGAUCCUAUGACAAACAAGGGGGAAAAGGGGAAAUUUGACGUCUCUUCUCUUGAAGAAGGAGAGGUUGUUGAGGAAGCAACGACCUUAAAGCAUUCGGGGGGAGGUUCUGGUCAGGUUGUGGAUGAUGUUGAUGGCUUCCCUUCUGCACACCAGCAUAAAACUCAGAGAGCUUUCAUAAAAUUAGUUCUGCCUUGCAUUGAUCAAGCUUCUGAUGACUCAAGGAACAGGUUUGCUGCUGAUAUGAUCAAGCUGAUAAAUUCCAUUGAGCAGCAGAUCAACGCGGUUACUCGUGAAGUAAGCAAGCCAGCUGGAGCUGUUUCUUCUGGAGUUGAUAUCCCAACAACAAAAAUGACUACUCGCAAAGGUGUUAGAGUUGGCAGUCCUGGAUUGGCCAGGCGAUCGACUCCUCCUAGUGAAACUGUACCACCUUCCCCUGUGGCAUUGCGAGCAUCUAUUUCACUGAGGUUGCAGCUCAUCCUGAGAGUACUCCCUAUUAUUUGUGGAGAUGGAGAACUGUCCGGGAGGAGCCUGAGAUACCCUCUUGCUUCAGGAAUAUUGCGUUUACUUGGAAGUAGGGUCAUAUAUGCUGAUGCUGGUCACUGCUUUAACUCAAGUUUUACCUCAAAAAGAGAUCCAGAUGCAUUACUAGAAGCUUCUGGCAGUGCAUCAGAAGCUGUGAUGGGGGAAAGCCUCUUCGAUUGUUUGUUAUUGGUGCUGCAUGCUUUGCUAAGUAGCCAUCCACCAAGUUGGCUGAAGAUAAAAUCUAGCUCUAAGUCAACUAGUGAAUGUAGCAAGGACUAUGCCGCAUUAGAUCGUGAUGUUGCAGAGUCUCUCCAGAAUGAUCUAGAUCAGAUGCAAUUGCCUGAUUCAAUUCGGAGACGCAUCCAAACAGCAAUGCCAAUUAUUUUCCCUUCUGUUCAGCACUCGGUCUCAUGUCAUCCUCCAUUGGUAUCACCUGCAGCUCUUGCUACACUUUUACCUAGCAAUCCGGUAUCUGUAUUGCAAUCUGGCGGGACCCAGCAUAGGAACCACCAUCAUCCUUCAUCUCUACUUAGUAGGGGAGCAACUAAUUCUGCAGGGAAGACUAAGCAGCAAUCAUCACAGCCUCCUCCACCACCACAGCAAGACCACCAUCAUGAUCUUGAAUUCGACCCUUGGAUUCUUUUGGAGGACGGGGCAGGGUCGAGCCAGUCAUCAUCAAACGGCUCUAACACAGGUGGUGGUGAUCAUGCCAAUCAGAAGGCUGCAAGCUGGCUUAAGGGCAGUGUAAGGGUGAGGAGGACAGAUCUCACUUACAUAGGCGCAGUCGACGACGACAGCUGAUUUUGAGUUGAUAAACGUACCAAAUUUGUUUUCCCUUCGGUUGCCCAAGAAAAGAGCAAAGCUUCCCGGCUCACUCCCCUGCUGUAUUUUCCUUCUCUGCCAUGGGGAAGUGCCGUUGAGAGCGCUCUUUUUUGAAUUUUAGGCUGAAAGCGGGGCCCACUUGGGCUGGCAUCUUCGGGAGGGGCACUAUGGAAACUAACCAACCCUUCAGACAUUUUUACCGGGCAAGCUUAUUCAACUAGACAGAGUCCACGGUCCUCCGCUCAAGUGCUAACCCGUCGAUUUUGAUGCCCCGUGCCAGGACCGUGUGGCUCUAGUGGCGCAGUUGGGAGGUUGUUGUACAUAUUAAAAGAAAGAAAAUGAAGUCAUUGUUCCCUCAUGUGGUCUUGUUGUUUUGAUAUCUGAACACCUGAUUAAUUGAUGUACCCCUAGAUGAUGAUGAUGAUAGUUAAUGCCCUCAGCAAAAAUGUCAUGUGCUUUAAAUCCAUUGCUGUUGUAUUUUUCGCAUCUUUCCUUAAGUCCCCAUUCAUUUGGGGAUCUGUGGAAGAGAGCCAUGCCUGUUGUAGCCAAGUUUCUGUAUUUUU